ACAAUUAAAUUAAUUAUUAAUUUAAAUUGCUUAUGUUGUAUAAUUAUUAUUUUAAGAUGUUAGCAUCCAAAGGGAAUGCCUUGUAUGACAGAGUGGUGGAAGAAAAAUUGGACAGGAGAAUUUCAGCAUGGAAGAGAAUGGAUGCAGAGAAUGUUGUGGAAGGAUUUCCCACUCUCUCUGAGGAGGAGUUGACUAACAUAACUGUUGGCGUGUAUCAGCUAAAACUAGCAAGAAGCUAUACUUGUGAACAUUUAGAUGAGGAUGGGGAUUACAUUAUUAUGUUAAAUGAUGAGAUACAGGAUAUACUGCGUGUAAAAAUCCAAAGUCGUCAUACCUCAUCAAAAUUAUACUUGCUGUGGAUCGAGUACGGGCCUGCAGUUAUUAAAGGCUGGUAUUGCCAAUGUAAGGCGGGUGCUCGAGUUGUGGGGGCUUGUGCUCAUGUUUCAUCAGUACUAUGGUAUUUAGGAUAUGCUAGGUAUGCCGAUUCUGUACGUAAUGUCAAAAACUGGUCAAUGUAUUUAGAGGAUGCAUCCAAUGUACCAGAAGAGAUUGAGGACUCUGAUAGUGAAGCAAGUUGUCCUGAAGAGUAACAGCUUUAGCAUGUGUUUUAUUUGAUUGUCAGUCACUGAAUAUGCAUAAUAUAUAUGUACAUAUAAAAUGGUCUUUUCUCUGUAUUUAAUUCUAUUCAGAAAUACUUUGCAUAAAUUGCUUCAAUGAAAGUAUGAUGAGCUUUUGUCAUUGUUUUGCAUCUGUCAGCAUCUAUUUGUUGUUGCUGUCCAUAAACAUCAAUCUUCUCCUUUAUAUCCAUUGCAUACUUUGAAUCUUAGGUAGUAGGUGAUUAAUCAAUUGAUAGUGUGACACUGUCCUGUUCAUUUCUAUAUAAGUUUAAUGUCCAUCUCAGUAUCUAGUAGGUAGUGAACCAACCAAAAAUUAUG